UAAUCCUCCUCGUUUCAUUUUCUCAGUUGUCUCAAAAAUCUCUCGAGCCUUCAACGAAGAAAAAUCCAAGCCUCACCUUGCGACGAUCCCCAGUUGCUGCAGCCUGCAGGUAACAUGAAUAAAGUUAGUCAAAACUCACCCUUGUUUAGGAGAUUAUUGCAUUCGUUAUCUCGCGAUGGUCCUUCCGAAACUUUGAAGAUAAAGAUUGCUGAAAUUCAGAAGACGAGGAAAAGAAGGAAUCUCAAGAAGGAUCAGUUGUUUGUGGAGGUUCCCGAAUCGAGAUCCUUUCUAGAUACAGCAACGCUGCCGAUGGUUCUUGCUGUUGCUGGAAUUGCACUGUUUGCGAAACUGCUCAUGAUGCAUGAUGAAUCGAAGUCCCAGGAAAUGAUCGAGCGAAAGAUAAAGAAUGCUCCUUCUGGUCAAGGCACGGUCAGGAUGCUUACUCAUGAGGAGUGGGAAGAAAUUAGAGAAGUCAGACCAAGAACUCCUUUUGAAUCCAAGCUUGCUCGUCCAAAUGCAAAAAUAAGAACCGGAGAAACAUUGCAUAUGGAGGACUUGAAGAAUUGGACAAUUGAUGUUCUUACAGAUGCAGUAACGCGAGCUGAAAACUGUUCGAAACGUAAGUAGAACUGAUAUCACGCUAGAAGACUUUGCCAUUUGAGUACAAAUAUAAUUCUUUGAUGGAAUUGAGAACCGUUAGUGAUUCUGAUGCCUAGUGUGAAUAAUUAUGCAAAUCUGCCUAUGGGGAAAUGGUUCAAAUGGAUUUGCAUGGGGAUUUAACUACAGCCAAUGAAUGAUUGGAUCUUUAGCAGAUUUAUAGAGGCAUAUAGUGUAUAACAUGUUGUGACAUCGUCUUGGGUUUUUUCCCUAAAAAAGGAUGUUUAUAUUUGCACAA